AUGCCUAAGGAAACUAAGAAGGCCCCCGCCGCCACUAAGGCCGCCCCCGCCAAGGCCGCUCCUGCCAAGAAGGCCGCCGCCCCCAAGAAGGACGUCGCCAAGGCCGCCCCUAAGAAGGACAAGGUCAACCGCGCCGCCAAGAGGGCCGCUGCCCCCGCCGACAAGAAGGCCGACAGCGCCGUCGCCAAGAAGACCACCGGCCAGGCUGCCCAGGCUAGGUCCAAGGCCCUCAAGCUCCAGAAGACCAUCAAGAAGGGCGCCACCAAGCGUGUCCGCAAGGUCAGGACGAACGUGCACUUCUUCCGCCCGAAGACUCUCCGCCUUCCCCGCAACCCCAAGUACCCCAGGAGGUCGGUUCCCCGCACGAACAAGCUCGACCAGUUCCGCGUCCUCAGGCACCCCUUGACCACCGAGAGCGCCAUGAAGAAGAUUGAGGACAACAACACUCUCGUCUUCAUCGUCGACCUCAAGGCCAACAAGCGUCAGAUCAAGGACGCCGUGAAGAAGAUGUACGACAUCACCGCCGAGAAGGUCAACACCCUCGUGAGGCCCGACGGCAAGAAGAAGGCUUACGUCCGCCUCACCGGUGACUUUGACGCCCUUGACAUUGCUAACAGGAUCGGUAUCAUCUAA